UCCUCUCUCUCUGUUGUUUGGUUACUGCAGAUUUUUUUUUUUUUUUACCUUCGUACCUUUUUUGGCUGUCAGAGGAAUAUUGUCGUGGUAGAGGUCAAACACAGCUACCUGCCACUGCUCCUGUGUGAACUCUGAAGUCCUGUGCUCCUGGUCUACAACCCCACUUUUUUUUUAUCCCCUGCCUCGGAUAUUUUGUAACCUCCCCUGGAUCCUGUUUACACGCGUACCUGGGCUGCAUUGACUGGCUGCUACAGUGACCUAUGGAAAACAGCUGCUAGUAUCGUCUGAUUCAUUCUGUGGCGGAACAGGCAGCCAGAAGACCGUUCUCCAUGAGGAGCAGUAGAAGAUGCCGGCUCUGCCAGCGCUGCUGCUGUCGAUUCACCUCGUCUUCCUGCUACUGACCAUGGCUCCGUCCUCUCACAGCCAGGCCCCCGUGCUGUCGUCCGUCAGAAUGGCGGCCAUCCUGGAUGACCAAUCGGUGUGUGGGAGAGGGGAGCGGCUGGCUCUCGCUCUGGCCCGGGAGAACAUCAACAGCGUGAUGGAGGGUCCGGCCAGGGCCCGCGUGGAGGUGGACAUCUUCGAGCUGCAGAGAGACUCACAGUACGAGACCACUGACACCAUGUGUCAGAUAUUACCGAAAGGCGUGGUCUCAGUCAUAGGCCCAGCCUCCAGCCCCGCCUCCGGCUCUACUGUCAGUCACAUAUGCGGGGAGAAGGAGAUCCCUCAUGUGAAGAUCGGUCCUGAAGAGACCCCCAGGCUUCCAUACCUGCGCUUCGCCUCAGUCAGCCUGUACCCUAGCAACGAGGACCUCAGCCUCGCCGUGGGGGCCAUCCUCCGCUCCUUCAGCUACCCAUCGGCUAGUCUGGUCUGUGCCAAGGCAGAGUGCCUACUGCGAUUGGAGGAGCUGGUGCGACGCUUCCUCAUCUCCAGGGAGACGCUGUCCAUCAGGAUGCUGGACGACAACCUGGACCCCACCCCCUUGCUGAAGGAGAUCCGGGACGACAAGGUGGCCACCAUCAUCAUCGACGCCAACGCCUCCGUCUCCUAUCUCAUCCUAAGAAAGGCCUCGGAGUUGGGGAUGACAUCAGCAUUUUACAAGUACAUCCUCACCACCAUGGACUUCCCCCUUCUCAGGUUAGAUGAUAUUGUGGACGACCAGUCGAACAUUGUGGGCUUCUCCAUGUUCAACACCAGCCAUCCGUUCUACCUGGAGUUCAUCAGGAGUUUAAAUCUGUCCUGGAGGGAGGGGUGUGACCUCAACCCCUAUCCUGGACCUGCGCUGUCCUCCGCCCUGAUGUUCGACGCGGUGCACGUGGUGGUGGGUGCGGUGAGGGAGCUGAACCGCAGCCAGGAGAUCGGGGUGAAGCCCCUCAGCUGCACCUCGCCCCAGAUCUGGCAGCACGGCACCAGCCUCAUGAACUACCUGCGCAUGGUGGAGUAUGAUGGCCUGACAGGGAGAGUGGAGUUCAACAGCAAGGGCCAGAGGACCAACUACACGCUGCGUAUUCUGGAGAAACACAGAGGAGGUCACAAAGAGAUUGGGAUCUGGUACUCCAACAACACACUGGCCAUGAACUCCACAACCCUGGACAUCAACGUCUCAGAGACACUGGCCAACAAGACCCUCAUCGUCACCACCAUAUUGGAGAACCCGUAUGUGAUGCGCAAGGGCAACUACCAGGACUUCCAGGGCAACGACCAGUACGAGGGCUUCUGCGUAGACAUGCUGCGUGAGAUCGCCGACAUCCUCAAGUUCUCCUUCAAGAUUAAGCUGGUCGACGACGGGCUGUACGGGGCCCCCGAGCCCAACGGCUCCUGGACUGGGAUGGUGGGAGAGCUCAUUAACAGGAAAGCGGAUUUGGCCGUGGCGGGCUUCACCAUCACGUCAGAGAGGGAGAAAGUUAUCGACUUCUCAAAACCCUUCAUGACCCUUGGCAUCAGCAUCUUGUACAGAGUCCACCUGGGGCGGAAGCCAGGCUACUUCUCCUUCCUGGACCCCUUCUCUCCAGCUGUGUGGCUCUUCAUGCUGCUGGCCUACCUGGCUGUCAGCUGUGUGCUCUUCCUGGCUGCCAGGCUCAGCCCGUACGAGUGGUACAACCCGCACCCGUGCCUGCGGGAGCGCAGGGACAUGCUGGAGAACCAGUACACCCUGGGCAACAGCCUGUGGUUCCCGGUGGGGGGGUUCAUGCAGCAGGGCUCCGAGAUCAUGCCCCGGGCCCUGUCCACGCGCUGCGUCAGCGGGGUCUGGUGGGCCUUCACCCUGAUCAUCAUCUCGUCCUACACGGCCAACCUGGCGGCCUUCCUCACGGUGCAGAGGAUGGAGGUGCCCAUCGAGUCGCCCGACGACCUGGCGGACCAAACCAACAUAGAGUACGGCACCAUUCAUGGGGGGAGCACCAUGACCUUCUUCAUGAACUCGCGGUACCAGACCUACCAGCGUAUGUGGAACUACAUGCACUCCAAGCAGCCCAGCGUGUUUGUGAAGAGCACGGAGGAGGGUAUCGCCCGGGUGCUCAACUCCAAGUACGCCUUCCUGCUGGAGAGCACCAUGAACGAGUACCACCGCCGCCUCAACUGCAACCUCACCCAGAUCGGAGGCCUGCUGGACACCAAGGGCUACGGCAUCGGCAUGCCGCUGGGCUCUCCAUUCAGAGACGAGAUCACGCUGGCCAUCCUGCAGCUCCAGGAGAAUAACCGGCUGGAGAUUCUGAAGAGGCGCUGGUGGGAGGGGGGGCAGUGUCCCAAGGAGGAGGACCACCGGGCCAAAGGCUUGGGGAUGGAGAACAUCGGGGGCAUAUUCGUGGUGCUGAUCUGUGGCCUGAUCAUCGCCGUCUUCGUGGCCAUCAUGGAGUUUGUGUGGUCCACGCGACGCUCGGCCGAGACAGACGAGGUACGCCCUCACCCUCGCCCUCGCCGAAAUCACAGACCCACCCCAGUGUCGGUGUGCCAGGAGAUGCUGACGGAGUUCCGGAACGCCAUCUCGUGCAAGAAGAGCUCCCGCUCGCGGCGGCGACGGCCCCUGACAGGCCCGGGGGGGCCCCGGCACCCGACGCGGCUGUCGCUGGGGGCCCCACGGCCCCUGCGGCUGGUGCGGGAGAUGCGCCUGAGCAACGGGAAGCUGUACAGCGGGUCGGGGCCCCUGACGGGGGGCGCCGGGGCCGGGGGAGGCCCCACCGACAUGGGCCCAGGGCCGCAGCGCCUGCUGGAGGACCCGCUGGGGGCCAACACCACGCCCCCGCCCCCGCCGGCCCCCGCCGCGCCCCCACGCAGCUGCACACACAUCCGCAUCUGCCAGGAGUGCCGGCGGAUUCAGAGCCUGCGGUCCAGCUCCUCCCGAAUCCCCCCCUCCUCCGCCCCCCUGCCCCGUCUCCCCCCGCCGCCUCCCCCCUCCUCCUCCAACACCGACAGUGAGGGGGGUGGGGGGGCCAGCCCGCGGAGGCUGCACCACACCCCCCCGCCCCGCCCGUUACCUCCCACGCAAAGCAGCACCAGCGCAGACCUGCUGGGGGAGCAGGACUGA